CAUUUGUUCAGCAAAAAACCUGCAAACAAUCCCCAAAAGAGCAGCCCAAAACUGACAGUCCGCGGCCGCAGUGCGAGCACUCAUCCAGAGGAUGGAAACGUCCCACCAAACCACAGGGCAGCUCCUGAGCCCUGCAGAGCUGGUGCAGAGCAGAGCAGCCACCCCUCGCUGGCGGUGACGUCCCAUGAAGACAUUUUGAGCCUCCGCACUUCCUGACCUGGGCUUAUUUCACGUGUCUGGGUCUGCCUUGGCCGCUCUGGAAACACCACGCCAGUCUGAUGUGGUGGAGAGGAACAGGAGGAGGAGGAGGAACACGAGGAUGAGGCUGGAGCGGUCCCUGCCCCUCCUGGGGCUCCUGCUGUGUGCAGUUGGCACCGCAGCUCAGCAGGAUGAAGAACAGGAGGGGGAAUUCCUGGUGGAGAUUUCUGGCACCACGGUGACAAUCACGUGUCCCUUGGAGGACGAGGGCAUCAAGUGGGACCCAUCUGGGAGAAGAGGGGACAUCGAGGAGGGGAAGUUCAUUAUAAAGGACCAUGACAGCACUCCUGCCAACCUGAGCUGUUCCUUGGGUAAUAAGAAGCGUAAGCUGUACUUGAAUGCCAGAGUGUGUGCCAACUGCGAGGAGCUGGAUGCUCUGACCGUGGCAGGGAUCAUCGCUGCAGACCUUCUCAUCACCCUGGGGGUGCUGAUCCUGGUCUAUUACUUCAGCAAAGGCAGGAAGGGACGAGCCAGUGCUGGUGGGGACAGUCGGCCACGAGGUCCGAAGAUGCAGCGCCCUCCCCCUGUCCCAAACCCGGACUAUGAGCCCAUCCGGAAAGGCCAGCGGGAGGUGUAUGCAGGCCUGGAAUCCAGGGGCUUCUGAAAUCCCCGGGGAUGACAGGCUGGAAGCCAGCAGCACUGGGGCUGAACGCUUCUGCCCAGCUUGUUCCCAGCUCUCUGCAGCUCUGCUGAGGCCCUGGCAUUUUGGGAUAAGCCACAGGACAGGGACACGCUGUCGCACCCUGGGGCAUGCUUGGGUUUGCCAUCAGGGAACAGAAAUGAGCACAUUGGCAAGAGGAGUUUUCCUUCUCAUUAAAGGACUGCAGCCUCA